AUGCCUGCAAUCAGUCUUUCUUUGAUUGGAAUCGGGGUGGUAGCUGUGGGUACAGUGUGGGCACUUUGGGCUUUGACCAGGAAGUUGCAAGUCCCAAACAAUUAUCCCAACGCACCACGCAGCCUUCCAUACUCAAUACCAUUCCUGAAAAGCACCAUCCCAUUUGUGCUCGACGGACUAAACCUUUUCCGCCAGGCCUCCCUCUAUUGCCAGGAUCGUUGGCCACUGCGGGUAGAUCUUCUAAACGGCGAGGUCUAUAUAGUCCAAGGAGCUAAGAACAUCGCUUCCAUUUUCAGCACGCCCGGCCUUACAGUUACACAAGCAUAUGGAAUUGCACUGAAGCAUUGCUUUGGGAUGGAGCAGAAAGCCGUUGAUGCCUAUCUCGCUGAUACCUCGGGCUCCUGGCAUCGGCCCAUUCCCGGCAGCCAAACGCCGUGGCACGGACGUGUGAGUUACCACACACACGAGAACCUUGUUCGGGGCCUCUUAGGCGCAGGGUUGGACCCAACGACGGAGCGCAUAGAACGGCUAUUACUUGCCUCUCUGGAGGGGGCCGUGUCAAGGACGUCUGAGUGGACGUAUGGUAUGGACUUGACCGAGUUCUUUGAGACCCAUCUCGGGUCAGCGAUCCUACAAGCCUUAUAUGGUCCGCUGCUGGUCACAAAGAACUCAGACUUCAACCGCAACCUGUGGCGGUAUGAUAAACAAAUAAUGAGACUAGCCAAGCGCUUAUCGUCGUGGCUAAUCCCCGAAGCCUAUCGUUUGCGGGAUGAGCUUCUCGGUGCUAUCAUGAGGUGGCAUCAACAGGCUACUCUACUAUCAGAAACAAUCCCAAGUUGUGAAAGGACCAGCGGAGGUGAAGCCGAUCCAUACUGGGGGUCGGCGAUGAUGCGCGAAAGGAAUAAGAUGCUGUUGAGCAUCGAAGGACAGGAUGCCAAAUCAGUGGCAUCCACGGAUCUUGGCUUCAUCUGGGCCUCUGUUACGAAUGUGGUCCCAUCUACCAUGACCCUUUGCACCCACAUGUACCGUGAUCACUCCCUCGUCGAGAAUAUCCGUUUAGCGGCGCUAAAUUGCAUCCGGCCAGGGGCCACCUUGCGCUUCGACCUCAAUAAGCUUGGGAAGCAGCCUUUGCUGCUCUCGAUGUAUGCCGAGACCUUGCGCUUUGGCGUACAAAUUCAUAUCCCCCGGUGCUCACCACAUCAACCGCUUUCGGUGGCAGGAGUAACCAUCCCACCUGAUAAAAUGAUCUUUAUCAACACAAGUCUCGCGCACACUGACGAGUCCGUAUGGAACACACGGAAUGGAGAGCAUCCGCUGGAUACCUUUUGGGCACAGCGAUUCCUGAUUGACCCAAAAGACGAAGGCAGCGGGCCUACAAGGAAAGAGUGUUCUCAGCCACUUGAAUCCACUCCUAGGGGAGAGUACAAGAGGAUGGAUGGUCAAGGUUCAAGCUCAGGGCAAUUUACCUUAGAAGGCCUCGAUGGAAGCUGGAUACCGUAUGGAGGCGGACAACACGCAUGUCCGGGUCGUAUUUUAGCAAAGCGCAUUAUAUUGCUCGCAAGCUCCAUGAUGGCUACCAUGUUUGAUAUUGAGCUGCUAGCGCCCAAUUCCUUGCAGUUUGGGUCACCGCGCUUCGGAUUUGGGGUCCGCAAGCCAUCUGCGCAAGUGCCAUUUCGGAUCCGACGCCGAAAGUCAGCCGAGAUAUUCACACCCGCAGUUCGACAAGAAUCCGAUUUGGACAGGAAAUCUAACGUUACUGGAGGCUUCCUCCAUGGCGCGGUCCUGAUCUCGCUUCUGCAAUACUUACCCUUGCUUUACCAAGCCGUACAGCUCGAAACGGCUAUUUUAUCCGCCAUCUCCCUGCUGCCCAUCGUCAUCAUUGGUGUAGUGAUUGCAGCGGCCUCCAUGCUGAUGGUUCCGUUGUUCGGUGGAUAUGUAUGGGUUCUACGGGUUGGCUUGGAUCAUACUCACCCUGGGAACCGGCUUGCUGGCCCUGUUUGA